AUGUCUACUGAUACAGCUGUUGUUAACAAUUCAAGGACUCCAUCAGAACAUGAUGCUAGUAAACGAGUACUGUAUUGUACUAAAGUUUUUUUCAAACAACUGAUUGAUCGUAAACCAAUGGAAACAUUACAAGCUGAAAUUGAUACACAAAAUGAAUUGAGACGUGAUCUAAAAUAUUUGGCAUGGUUUAUUGGAUGGAAUUCUGCACUACUUUAUCUAUUCGCUGUUUUGGCACUGUCAGUUGCUUGGAGCAACCAUGUUGUCCUAUUUAUUGAUAUUGUGUCUGAUUAUUAUUCAACAAGCAUGAUUGUUCAAGCACCAAUGGCUUGGAACGAAGACGCUGAACGUUUUUUUGUCAUUGGUCAAGCGAUUAAUUUACCUGCUAUUGGGAUUAUUAUUGCAAUUACAAUUCUACUUUUUAUUCGAACUUGUCAAAUGGCUAUGGUCAAUCUUGUGUUGGUUGUGUUUAAAAUUAUUGUACUUUUAAUAUUAAUUUUUGCCUGUUGUAAUGAAUAUGGAGCAACAGGUAUUCUGCAUGCAUGCACUUAUGUUCUCUUUGCUUAUGGGGGUUUUGAUUCAGUUUCAAAAGUAGCACAAGAAGCAAAGUCACCAGAAAGAUCAUUGCCAAUAGCCACUAUUGGGUCUACAAUUGUUUCAUUACUAUUGUAUAUUGGAAUAUGUACUGUGAUGGUUGGAUUUGUUCCAUACGAGUUAUUAAAUUCAGCGAGUCCUCUUUCUGUGGCAAUAAAAGCUACACCUUACGGUCUUUGGUUAUCAAUUAUUAUGAAUUUAGGUGCUAUCGCUGGUCUUACAACUGUAAUAUUGACUGCAAUGCUCUCACAGACUCGAAUAUAUUAUGCUAUGGCUCAUGUUGGUUUACUACUACCCAUCUUUGCAAAAAUUCAUCCUCAGACAACAACUCCAUGGACCUCUAUAUUGAUUGGCGGUAUAUUUUGUACUAUUCUUCCGGAUAUUUGUCCAGUAGAUAUUCUUGGUGAAACAGCUUCAAUUAGCGCCCUAAUUACAUAUGUUUUUGUGCAUAUUACGAUUAUAGUCAUGCGUUAUACACAUAGAGAUAUACAACGAGUAUUUCAAGUGCCAUUUGGUUCAUGGUUGAUUCCGACUAUAGGUUCUUUACUAUGUAUCCUUGUUAUGACAAAUAUAAGAGAAGCAACAGGUUUUCGAUUCCUUGUGUGGACAGCAUUAGGACAAAUUAUUUAUUUUUCUUAUGGUUUAUGGCAUUGCAAACGACGAAAGUUAAUGAAAAGUAACUCUCUUGUAAAUACGGUCAAACUUUUACCAAUAGAAGCAAAUGCUACGGAAGAAAGUGCAAUAACUGGAUUUAAACUGGAUUUAGGCAGUGUAAAGGCUGAAAGUGCAGCAUAA